AUGUCAUACUUUGCAUCAGUCCCCGCAGCUCCCGCAGAUGCCCUUUUCGGCCUCAUGGCCAAGUACAAGGCCGAUACCUUCGACAAGAAGGUCGACCUCGGAGUCGGAGCCUACCGAGAUAACACCGGAAAACCCUGGGUCCUCCCUGUCGUCUCCAAGGUCGAUUCUCUGAUUGUCGCCGACCCCACUGCCAACCACGAGUACCUCCCCAUCACUGGUCUGCCAGACUUCACCAAGUCUGCCGCCAAGCUGAUUCUGGGGCCUGACUCUCCUGCCAUCAAGGAGAACCGAGUUGCCUCUUGCCAGACAAUCUCUGGAACUGGAGCAAACCAUCUGGGAUCUCUCUUCCUGUCGCGGUUCCCCUCCUCCGCCGCUCCCCCCAAGAGCGUCUUCCUCAGCCGUUCUCCCCCUUCCCCUGGAGCAACCGGAGAUACUCCUCCCCGAGCUGCUGGCGGCCGAAUCUGGAUCUCCAACCCCACCUGGGCCAACCACAAGCAGAUCUUCGAGAACGUCGGUCUGACCGUUAAGCAGUACCCCUACUGGGACCCCAAGACUCUAGGUCUGGACCUCAAGGGCAUGCUCAACGCUCUGGAGAAUGAGACCCGACCCGGAGACAUUGUUCUGUUGCACGCCUGCGCACACAACCCCACCGGUGUUGACCCUGCUCGAGAGGAGUGGGAGAAGAUUGCCGCUGUCUGCAAGUCCAAGAAGCUCUUCCCCUUCUUCGACUCUGCCUACCAGGGCUUUGCCUCCGGUGAUCUCGAGCGAGACGCCUGGGCAGUCCAGUACUUUGUUUCCCAGGGCCUGGAGCUGCUCAUCUGCCAGUCCUUCGCAAAGAACUUUGGCCUGUACGGCCAGCGGGCCGGAUGCCUGCACUUCAUCACCCAGACCGCCAAGGCGUCGGAGAACGUCAAGUCACAGCUUGCCUUCCUGCAGCGAUCAGAAAUCUCCAACCCUCCCAUCUACGGUGCCCGAAUUGUGGCCCGAGUUCUUAACAACCCCGAGCUCUUCAAUGAGUGGAAGGAAAACCUGCUGGAGAUGGCCAACCGAAUCAAGAGCAUGCGAGAUGCGCUCAAGAGCGAACUCAUCAAGCUUGAUACUCCCGGUAACUGGGACCAUAUCACUAACCAGAUUGGUAUGUUCUCUUUCACCGGUCUGUCGCCCCAGCAGGUGGACCGACUGGUUAACGAGUUCCACGUUUACCUGACCAAGAACGGCCGAAUUUCCAUGGCUGGUCUUAACACACACAACGUCGCUUACGUCGCCAAGGCCUUUGAUGCCGUCGUUCGAGGUUAA